CCCUCGAGGAAAUUGAAAUACUCUGAGAGAGUGAGCGAGUGGCGAGAGAGAGGAGAGAAUCGGCAAGUGAGCGGUGUUCAAGAAUAGAGGAGACCUUCCUGUCAAAAUAGAAAUAAACUAGUGUGCAAUGUUGUUGCGGGGAAGAGUAGCAAAAUAAAAACGAAGAAAACACUCACAGUCGGUCGGUCGGAAACAUAUAUAGAACAUUGUCACAUACUAAGAAUAAAGAGUAAGACAUAAAAAAAAACACAAGACAAGAGAGUUGAGAAAAAAAGAAGAAAAGUGCAACAUAAACUGACAACGAAAAAGAAUAAAAGUCGGACCUCGUCGUGGAAUAUAUAUUGAGUGCAGUACUUUUCGCCGGAUAUCGGACUGUUGUUGUUGUUACCUUAGGGUAGAAUUGUGUCGUGGUUUUAUUUGCUAGACUUGUCCCAGACUGCAUCGGGAAGAAGAAGAAGAAGAAGCACUGUGUAUUUGACCAACCAACAACGACUUAAGGAAUAGAAGCAGACAAAAUGGACACAACGACAGCGCUCGAUCGCUGCGGACGGCAUCUACAACAACUCGCUGUUUAUGCACGCGGCCACAUCACACGUCGGCAACAUCGUCCAGGUCCAGACAGCAUCCGGUGUCAUAUUCGAGGGAGUGUUCCGGACAUUCUCGUCCCAGUUUCAGGUCGUGCUGGAAAUGGCCCAUCGCAUUGAGCACGGCGGCCCGGAAGCGGAAAACAAGAUCGUCGUCGACACCGUCGUGGACCGGCUCAUCUUCAAGCCGUGCGACAUCGUCAGUAUUGCCGCGAAGGACGUGGACCUGGAUUACGCGACGCGGGACACCUUCAAGACGGACACGGCCAUUAGUUCGGCCCGGUGCAACGGAAACGGCCGGCCGGAGGAGCGCGAACUCGAGCCGUGGGACGAAAGCGGCGGCGGUGGCCUCGGUGGGCUGAACGGUGACGGCGGGUUGGGCGAGUUUUCGUUGGAGUUGGACGCGAAUGCGAACGGGUGGGACGUGAAUGAUAUGUUCCACAAGAACGAGACGAUCUACGGAGUGCAGUCUACGUUUGAUCAGUCGUUGACCGGGUACACGGUGCAGAUUACGAAGAAGGACUCGGACGACUUUAAGCACCAGGAGUCGGAGGCGGAGCGGAUCGCGAACGAAAUCGAGAACAAUCCGGUGUACAAGGACCGGAUCGAUUUGGAGAACGGCGACGAGGAGGACGCAUUCGCAGCGGUGGUGCGACCGGGGGGUGGGGCGAGCGCGAGUCCCCAGCCGUCGUCCGGGUCGAACCCGAAUAGUAUGAACGAUAAGGGUGGGGUGAUGCCAUCGAACACAGCCAAGUACAUCGUACCGGCCAAGCGCAAGGGUCACGCGGGUAAGUUGACCGCCCGAAGCACGCCACCGCCGUUGACCAACAACGGAGGAGGACCACCACAGCAGCAGCAGGUUCAGCAAAUUCAGCAAGUGCAACAGGUGGCACAGCCACCACAGCAAGUGCAGUCUCAACCACAACAGACGCUGCCUCCGCAGCAGCAGCCACAGCAACAGCAACAACCUUUGAGCCCACAAGCUCCACCCCACAAGAACAACAGCUAUCAAAACAUGUCGAUGCCCCCGCAGCAGCAGCAGGUUCCACCUAGCAAUCAGCAGCACGGCGGAGGCGCGUCUCAGUACGCGAUGCACUCGAACCAGUCGCCGUACGGCGGCCACGUUCAGCAUCAACCCCAUCAGCAGCAGCAGCAGCAUAGCCAGCCUUCGGUUGUAAAUAGUAACACGAGCAUGAACAAGAUGAACGGCGACCGGGAAAUGUCCAACAGCAGUGGCAACAGCAGUAGCAUGAAUGUAAAUAGUAACACUAAGCCAUUGCCGCAGCGUACCGUGCGGCAAUAUCCGAGCUCUGCGCCAAACUACGCCGAACCGCCGCCAUCGCUGGGACCACAGCAGGGUGGUGGCGCCGGCGGCCAGAUGCAGUCCAUGGGCAAACCGCCGAUGCACGUGACUCAUCCACACCACGCGACUCACAUGCCACCUCCGCCGGUGGUGGCCAACGAUCAGCAACAACAGCAGCAGCAGCAGCAGCUUCAACCCCAGCAGGUCGUCAUGUCGACGCACCACGUUGGUCUGCCGCCGCCACACAUCAACCAAGCGCCCCAACAGCAACAACAACAACAAAUGCAGCAACCUCCUCCGCCACAACCCCAACGCCAAGUCGUUGUGCGGCGUGACAUGGACGACCUGCGCAAGUUUGGCCAAGACUUCAAGCUGGCGCCACCCCAACAGCAGCAACAGCAACCGCCGAUGCACCAGCAGCCUCCACCACCCUCCCAGCACGGAGUUCAACAGCAUCAGCAGCAGCAGGAACAACCGCCCCUCGAAUCUUCACCGCCAAUCUCGCAAAAGCACUCGGAACCACCCCCACACCAGCAGCAGCAGAACCAAUCCUCCCAAACGGGACUGGUUCACCAGCAGCCACAACCUCCCCAGCACAUGGUUCAAUCUCAACCGACGCCACAAUCUCAACCCCCACCCCAACAGCAGCAGCAGCAGAACCCACAACCGAGCACGACUUCACCUCCGGUGGCGUCCUCGGCGAUGAACACUGCGACGAGCAACGUCAACGUCAGCCCGGCCGUCGUCAGCUCCGUCGUGACGCCGGUGGACGCCACGGGAGUUGCCACCGACGUUGCGCCCGCCGUCAAGGCACCACCAAAGAAAACCUUCACGCUGAACCCGGCCGCCAAGCCGUUCACGCCGCGAAGCCCCAGCACACCGAACCCCUCGCGUCACACGUCUUCUAGCCCGCACACGCCGCAAACGCCCAACCCCGUCAUGGUCCAGCAGCAGCAGCAGCAACAGCAGCAGCAACAACAACAACAGCAACAGCAGCAGCAGCAGCCACCGCAGGCCUAUCCGGGUCAGCAGCAGCAGGUGCACGCCCCGCAGCCCAUCCUGAUGUCGUACGUGCUGCAGCCGCCGCAGAGCGCAUUCCAGACGACGCAGCAGCACCCGCACGCCGGCCAGCAGCCGCGCAUCCGGAAAGCCAUGUCGGUGGUUCCCCCCUCGCAGAUGGCCGCCUCCCAGAUGGCAGCGGCCGCCACCGGUCAGCCCCUGCUGACGCCCGGCCCGAUCCCGAUGUUCCCGCCGUACCCGCCCACGCUCCACCAUCAGCACUUCCAGGCGGCGCCCUCAUUCCAGCCGUACCGCAUCUACGAAACGCCCCAGCCGACGCAGAUCCAGUACCUGGCGGCGGCCACCCCACCCUCGACGACGCCCUCGCCUGGCCAGCCCCACCAGCAGUACCACCCGGGUCCGCAACCGUCGCCAGCCUCGGCCGGACCGCCGACGUACGCUCCGGCCCACCAGCAGCAGCCGCCGCACUACCAGAUGAUGUGCGUCGCCCCGCAGAUGGUCCCGGCCGCGUACCAGAACAUGGCCCAGGCGGCGCCCCUCCAGAACCACCACCAGCAGAAUCUGCACGUGAUGCACGUCCAGCAGCAUCCCGCCCAGUAGCAUAAAUUCAACGCUACCAAUAGCACCAGCAGCAGCAGCAUCAGCAACAGCCACAACCACCACGUCAACAGCAGCGUCAGUAGCAAUGCCGCGGCGGCCCAGCAACAGCAGCAACAACAGCAGCAGCAUGGUCAUACCACCGCCCAUCAUGCCCAUCACGUGCCGCACCAUCACCAGCACCAGCACCAUCAUCAUCCGCACACGCCGCAUCCACAUCACGGCGGAGCGGCCACCGGAGGAGGACAGCAUGGCGGCGGCGGACAUCAUCACGGUGGUUACGGCCGCGGUAAGCCGAUCAAGAACUGAUAGAGAGUUGAUGGCGUUGUCGUUGCUGCUGCUGCUGCUGGUCGUGGUGGUACUAUUUUUCAGUUGUUUAAUUGUUUUGCGGCGCGCAAAAUUGUGUAAAAUAGUAUUGAAUUGUUGCUGCGUUUGCCGCGGGUGCAUUUGAGCAAGGUAGAAAAAGAGGAUGCAUUUUGUUUCACUUUUUGGAGGAGAGGUGUCGCCGCGUACGAGAAGAGUAGAUUAGAGGAAAAGCGCAAAACCAAGCGGCUUAGGUUAAGCGAAAAGAAAGCAAAACACUGUUACUUCGGAGAAAACAAUAGGAAAUGAACGCAAAUAGGACCACGUGAAAUGAGAGAGACGAGGCGGUUGUUUGGGAAGAAAAGGGUCGGCGGAGACGCGAACGGUGUCUCGUAACAGACAUAUUUGUUAUCUCGUUUUUACUGGUUUGAAGAAAAAAAUAUAGUUAUUUGUUUAAUUUAUUCUUGUGAGACGAUUAAACAGUGGGAAUUUCUUGAAACAAACUUUAAAAAGGAAAUGAAGGAGCGGGUAAAUUUUGACAAGAGCAAAGAAUUGUUAUACUGAAAAAUACAUGACAAGUAACUGAA